GGAGGACCCUAGGGAACUGGACCUCCGCGUCUGGUCGCCCAGCCCUAUUUUGGCUUGGGCCCACAUGGAGGGGACUGCAGAGUCCCAGACGCCUGACUUGCGGGACGUGGAGGGCAAGGUGGGCAGGAAGACCCCGGAAGGGCUGCUCCGCGGGCUUCGAGGCGAGUGGGAGCUGGAAACCUCUGGAGACCUGCUGCUCCCUGGGGCACCCAGCACCGGCCACAGCCUGGGGGACAAGAUCAUGGCGCUGAGGAUGGAGCUGGCUUACCUUCGAGCUAUCGACGUGAAGAUCCUGCAGCAGCUGGUGACCCUGAACGAGGGCAUCGAGGCAGUUCGUUGGCUGUUGGAGGAGCGGGGAGCACUGACCAGCCAUUGCAGCAGUCUGACCAGCAGCCAGUAUAGCCUGACAGGUGGAAGCCAAGGCCACUCAAGGCGGGGCAGUUGGGACAGCCUGCCAGAUACCAGUUCAACUGACCGGCUGGACAGUGUCUCUAUUGGCAGUUUCUUGGACACUGUGGCCCCCAGAGAGCUGGAUGAACAAGGACCCCCUGGGCCUUCCUGUCCCGAGAUUGACUGGGCAAAGGUUAUACCCAGUGAAGCCAGGACUGAGGUGGACAUAACAUCCACCAAGCUAGGGAGCUUAAUGGCUCCUUGGAAGCUCCCAGGAGACGAGCUUCAAGGUGGGCCACCUGAGCUACCAGAGGAUGACAAUGUUAAGCAGGGCUUUGAGGCUCACUGGUACUGGGGACAGUGCCAGGAUGACGUGACCUUCUUGUAAAAACUUUCCUACCUAUUUGUGCUUUGUGGCUCUUUCAACUUUUGGCCCAAGUCUCUCUCAGUUUUCCCUUAACCUCCAACUAGACAGAAGCUAUACUGAAAUCACUUACCACAGAAGCCUGGCUUCUCUGUCUGCUCCCUGGGGAACCUUUGCAUUUAUCCCUCAAUUAUUGGGUCCCUAGAGCUAUUUCCAUAGAGAUAUUGACUCUAGAGAACUAGCCUGUGGCUCCUGAUGUAAGGGUAUCCCACACCCUUCCCCAGUGAGGUGAAGGUUUAUAAAAUUUAGGGCCUCUAGAACAUACUGAAGAAGAGAUGGGGGAAAUAAUCUCCUCAUCCAAAGCCUAGGAGGCUGGGAUGCCUCUUAUACAAGAUGGAGAACUGGGGAGGGGUGUUCAGGACCAAACCUCCAUGGAUUGGCCCUCCUACAUGCCUUUGGAGUUGGGAGAGGAACCCUUUGCUACCUGCUGAGUGAUGUCAUUUCCUUUCAUGAUCCAGGGAAGAGUGCAUCCUCUAUAGCAGUCCUGGUUGGUGUGUGAUAGGCUUGUAUGGAGGGUUUCUGAGUCCCUGCUGUCCUGCCAUUGCCUCCUGUGAGAGGGAACACAUCGCUCUUGCUGCAGAUGUCUGUGCUGCUUUUAUCAGGUUCUUCCUUUUCAAAUAUGGUGUUUUCAUCCCUGUUUGGUGCUGUAAUGAUAUUCUUACCGGGUGGUGAGAAACUCAGAGGCCUCCACCUCGGCUCUCAAAUCUGCUUAGCUCACUUUACUGGAGACCCUGUUGCCCUGGUCCUGUUUCUUACCUCCGGAUCCAUCUGCCAGGAGUUUAGCUUGAGCGUCUUCACGUCUCAGUGUCCUCUUUCGGCUUCUGCACUUUUAUGUGCCUCUCGUCCCAUUGUUGUUUGGAAAUAAGGAGAGUGAAUUCUCAAGGUUCUGGGGACACUCUCAGAUGGUGGGAUAAUCUUGUCAUCUCUGACUCUGCUCACCCUUCCCUCAUCCUGGCCAGCUUCCACCAUUUGAUCAUAAGAAUGCCUUUCUGAAGUUGAGACACAAGGAAUCCCCUUGUUUGAGCUACAGUGUGGGAGUGUGGCAGGAAAAGACAGAGGCCCUGUGGUUCCUGGGCCUCAUUGGGGGGAAUAGACUGGAAAGUACUUUAGGGCAAGCCUAUGACUCCUGGACUUGAGGGGUAAUUGGGGCUGGCUCUAGGGCUGGAUCCCAAGGCCCUAGCUAAUUACACUAGUGAAGAAAUUCAGGGAAAUUGCCAUUUUGGGGCUCAAGGAAAGGGCAGGCCCAGAGAAGUGGGUGGCAAAUGCUGUGAUUUAUACCUAAAUAAAGCUGGGCACUCAGAAGGCAGAGGCAGGUAGAUCUCUAUGAAUUUCAAGCCAGCCAAAGAUAGAUACAUAGUUAGGCCUAGUCUCAGAAAGCAAUCAGAGCCGGCUGGUGGUGACUCAUACCUUUAAUCCCAGCACUCAGGAGGCAGAGGAGGCAGAUCUCUGUGAGUUUGUGGCUAGCCUAGUCUACAGAGCGAGUUCCAGGAAAGCCAGGGCUACACAGAAAAACACUGUCUCCAAAAACCAAAACCCAAACCAAUAAAACAAAAACAAAGAAACCAGAGUGACUUCUUGGAGAUUAGCCCUUUGAGUCCCAGGUAACUGCCCUGUCUUUCCAGGGCCCUGAAACUGAAUUAGUGGAGGGGAAAGGGCAAUCUUUGUGCAGGGGACCCUCCUGAGUUGGAGGAGUCUUCCCCAAAACAGUCUUUUUCUGCUUUCCAGAAAUUUCAUUUUGGGGAAGGGAAAGUAACCAUGUUGAUUGUGACCACUCUCCUGUCUCCCCACCCCCAAUGCCUCAAUAGUUUUGUAACCACCAAAUCCUACAGCAGUUUGGCCUCUGACUUUCCUAUAAACCUCUCCUCCCAUGCCCUCAAGUGAUUGCUAUGUCUACAGCGACCUCAGCUUCUUUUCCACUGUAGCUGGACUUCCUCACCGUGCCCCAUAGUUCUGGGACUCCUGCUUUCUUUUCCUCAGACUGGAAUUUCAGAUGCCCUGUCCCAGUCCACACUCUGAGCCAUCAAUAGUGUUCCUUGGACAACCAACCACCUUUCCUCAUUGAAGAUACUGUAUUCCUUUUCUGAGUUGCGGCUCACUAAAUUUAGGAGCUGAAGAGGUUGCCUGCCUCCUUGUGGCCGUUAUGCAACAUUGCUGGAGUUGCUGGGUGAAAUCUCCAAGUUUAAAUGGAAUUUGAUCUAGCCUUUCGAGAGGUGGCAUACAUAGAUUUGCCCAGUUCUGCCUGUUGUGAAACUGUAGCAAUGGCCAUGAUAGAGAACCUAUUGCCUGCCUACAGACCGGCUCCAUCUGCAGUCACACUGCCUGCCUACAGACCGGCUCCAUCUGCAGUCACACUGCCUGCCUACAGACCGGCUCCACCUGCAGUCACACUGCCUGCCUACAGACUGGCUCCACCUGCAGUCACACUGCCCAGCCUGCAAACCCACAGCUCCAUCUGCAGUCACACUGCCCAGCCUGCAAACCCACAGCUCCAUCUGUAGUCACACUGCUUGGCCUGCAAACCCACAGCUCCAUCUGUAGUCACACUGCCUGGCCUGCAAACCCACAGGUUCAUCUGUAGUCACACUGCCUGGCCUGCAAACCCACAGGUUCAUCUGUAGUCUCACUGCCUGGCCUGCAAACCCACAGGUUCAUCUGUAGUCACACUGCCUGGCCUGCAAACCCACAGCUCCAUCUGUAGUCACACUGCCUGGCCUGCAAACCCACAGGUUCAUCUGUAGUCACACUGCCUGGCCUGCAAACCCACAGGUUCAUCUGUAGUCACACUGCCUGGCCUGCAAACCCACAGGUUCAUCUGUAGUCACACUGCCCAGUCAACACCCCGAUGCCCAAAGGAACUGAAAACUAUUUUCCUCAUUGUAAAAUCUGAGACCUACCUGGGUAAUGGUGGCACACACCUGGCCUGUAAUCCCAGCACUUGCCAGGUGGAUACAGAUUAGGGGUUCAAAGUCAUCUUCAGCUACAUAGCUAGCCUGGAACAUGUGGGCAGUCCUUCUGCCUCAGCUUCAUGAGUGCUGUAAUUAGAAGUGUGAGCCACCACACUUGGGUUUGGGUAUCCUGUCUUAAUACCUUUAGACUCUAGUUCAUCAUCUGAAGAAUCCAGGAGUCACAGAAAAUGUAUCCCUGGUCCUUCCUACAUGCUAGGCUGCCUGGAUGAGGCUUGGUUGUCCCAUUAGCGUGGACUUUUAUGAUUAUAAAUAGGAGCUGUUUGGGAGCUCAGAGAAGUGAGAGAUGCAGAGACACAAGAAGAAAGGGAAACAGGGUGAAAGUCUGAUCUCCGAACUCAUUAAUACCAAGAUGGUAGCUGGGGAAACAGAACCUGGGAGGGGGAAGAUGGGUCUGUCCAGGGGACCUGAAACCAUGGGAGAGGUUAGGUGUUGUAUUUCAAGGGAGCUGGGGGUGGUUAGGCUAAACCUUAGGUUGAAUGGAAGCUGAGUGGCAGUUUCAGUUAGAAAUAUUUGGGGUUACAGUGAGCACAAGCACAUUGUGGUUAUGGUGCCAGGUUCAUGCUGAGUAUUCAAUUGCACCCAUUCAAAGAAUAAUGAAUGUUUGUGAGCCCACAAGGAAAUGUAAUGCAUAAAAAGAAAAUUAACCUGGUUUAUACAUUAAGCAUUUUAAAACAUUGUUUCUUAAUCCUAUAAACAACCCCUUGUUACCAACACAUUGUUGAAUAGAAAUUUGCUGAUUUCAGAUCGGUAGCAAAUAAGUUAUGGUACAGAUGAAAGUCAGUGUUAUUGUAAGAUAUUCUGUGAAACCCAUGGCUCCCCACUAACUCCCCUCAGCCACUCUUUUCUUACUCUCCUAGGAGAUCAGCAGUGUCCUGGUUUGCUGUUGCUGAUGUAAUGGAUUACCACAAACUCUAGUGGCUUAACAGCCAUUUAGGCUGGGCAUGCUGGCACAUGUUGGCAAUCCUAGCCCUCAGGGGGCUGGGGCAGGAAGGUUUGAGGCCAGUCUCAGAAAAGGAAUCAGACUUGGUUGGGAGGAGAGCUUCUUCAGGCUGGGUCCCUGACAGUCUCUCCUUUCCAGGACCACUGUGUCCUGCUCCUCCAGGCAGAGGUAAUUACAUUCCCAACAGACUAAGCCUGGCUCUCUCUGGGACUCACACACGUCUCCUUUUUAAAUGUUUUUUUAUUCCUUAGUGGUUAAUUAUCGUUGAUUCUAGUCCCAUUUUCUUCUUAUUUUUUUAGUUCCUGAUCUCUAGUCUCAAUCUUCUUCUCUUGGACAUAGGCAUACACUCAAAUGUGUCAAAUAUAUAUUUGGAAAUGUAUCUUUAAAUAUAUAUGUGUGUGUGUAUAAUAUGAUUCUGGGCUUUUACAUGUUUUAAUAUGUAUAUAUAGUAUACUUUGCUAGUAAACUAACUUCUCUGAUGACUUGCUCUUAUAUUUCUAUGACUUAACACAGUUUAAGACUUAUUUGUCAGUAAUUUCACGGAGUAUGGAUAUUCCUGGUUGGAAGCUCUCCUCCUCCCUGCCCAUGUCAGGCCCCACACUCCGUCCAGUUUCAGGUGGUGAUAUCCUGACUCCUGCACCAUAAACUUUCCCACCAACUUUUAAACCAAGUUGUUUUGCCAUCCACUGAUGAUCUUUUUAUUUCACUGGGAUUACAAAACUAUCGUUUCCUGACACUAUUAGUAUAUCUUUAUUUAUUAGCUCUAGUUCUGUACAGAAAAACUUCAUAGCUCAGGACCAUUUAGUUACCCUGAAAUAAAGUUCAUACCGGAAUGAUAA